UUCCAGUUCAAAUCAGUUUAUUUAAUUAAAUUCUAAUUAUUGUUUAUAAUUUUCAGACCUAUACCUUUAAAAUUAGGACAGAUACAAUUCAUCUACAGAGUUUGGCUUCUCUGUGUAGGUUUAUUUUCUCUUUUAUUCCACAAAUAUAUUUAUAUAUAUAGACAUAUAUAAAUAAUGCCUAUCUAUCUCAAUGAAAAUGACUGGAGUGAGACCGAAGCCACAAUUAGGAUUAGUUUACGCAUACCUGGAGUCAGGACGGAGAACCUUCAUUUAACACAGACGGACGUAUAUCUCAAGGUUUCUUGUCCUCCGUACAUAUACGAGAUUCUUCUAGAGGACAAGGUUGGAUGGAGAGGACGGAGAAAUAUUUAUCAGGGUGAACUGGAGAUAAUUUUAGAUAAACUGGAAAGAAGAAAAUGGGGAAGACCCGGAACCAAAGUUGGGAAAAAGGAAGUGGAGGAUGUGAGGAGAAGGGAAGAGGAGAAGUUAAGACUGUUCCUCAACAACCAGGACAAGGCAAGGAUAGAGGAGAGAGGAGAACGAGAGAAGAAGUGUGUGGGGUUAACCAUGGAAAAAGAGGAAGGACGGAGAGAGGAGAUAGAACGGAGAAAAGUUGUUGCAAUUGCAGAGGUAAUGCAUGAUGAGAAGGACGGGAGGAGGAGAAGAAACAAAUAUGAUUUAGACUUUGCAGGACGAAUUGCUCAUGAGAGGGAGAUGGAUAAAGAGAUUGCAAUGGUUCCUCCUAGAACAGGAGGAGUUAUCCAGGUGAACCUGAGCAAAAGAACCCGGUUGCCCGCCAGAGAGUCGAGGAAGGCGGAGGAGGAGGAGUGGAUGAAGAAGAUGGAGGAAGGAAAACUAAGAGAAGGAAAAGAAAGAGAAGAUAAAGAAGUGGAUAAAACAGAAAUCCUGACAUUUAAACAGUUUAAUCAGAAAGCAGUGAACUUUAUCCAGUGUGGGGAUCUAAGGUCUGCGGAAAGUAUUCUUACAGAAGGAUGUGAACAAUUCCCCAGUAACCUGGAGUUAGUUAGUAACCGAACUCUGGUCUAUCUGCUACUAGAAGAAUGGGAGAAAUGUCUCCAAGACUCAAACCUGGCAAUCAGUCUGCUCAACCCACCGGUUGAUGAGAACAAGGAAAGACGGGUCAAGAUACUCUGUAGGAGAGCUAAAGCUCUGGUUGCUCUUGGUAGACCAGAGGAGGGAUUACAAGAUCUAAACCUAGCUCAUACAAUCCUUCCACUCAAUUCACAGAUACAAACAGAUAGAGAUAAUCUCAAGAAAAUGAUAAUUUAAGAAGAAGCUGGAGAUGAGAUACCAGCAGAGGAAGAUUGAAUAUAAAAUCCAGAAAUCAACAAGGAAGAUUGUGAUCUUCACAUGAGAUGAUAACUAAGAAUUAUACCAACAGCAAAAUUAAAUUUUGUUUCCAUCAUAAUAAUUUUCCCCUUUUGAAAAAAAUUAAAUAUUUAUAGAUGAACUUUUAUAUCUUGGGAUUAGGGUUAAAUAAAAAAAGGCCAAAAACAUUUUGGAAACCACAUGGUUUUUUAAAAUUGUGAGGUUAUUGAUUUUAAGUAUCUUGCAAGUAGAUAAUAAAAGUGAAGAAAUACAGGAAAAAAUUACUUGCAUUUUUAGUUGGGUCAGGGUGAACUGGGAAGGAGUCAAUUAGGAAUAAAAAUGAAAAAAAGAGGAUUUGCAUCAACUAGAAAGAAAAGGAGAUUAAGAGAAAGAAAGAUUUGUUGGAAAAAAAUAACAGUUUUGGUUCGCGUUUUGCCUAUUUUUUCUCUCAAGAGUCAAAAUUUGGCACAGUUUAAGAAGAGAACAUGUUUUUAAAAUAGUUUGUUUCAAUAAUUUGUUUUUCUUUCACUUUUGACCCAGACGAGAAAUCUAUGCAUAAAAAUAACCAAAAACGAUUUUAAAACAGACUUGUUAAAAUGCUCAUAUUUGGUUCGUUUUCCAUUAUUUGUAUAUGUAGGAUAAAGAUAUUCCAAAUAUUUGUAGAUGUAGGAUAAAGAUAUUCAAAUAUUUGUAUAUGUAGGAUAAAGAUAUUCCAAAUAUUUUUAUAUGUAGGAUAAAGAUAUUCCAAAUAUU